AUGGACAUCAAAAACUCCAAAAACGAGUUUGGAUGUCGUGUAGAGAUAGCUGAUAGCUGACACUCUAAAGAUGUCAAAUGAACAUCUGUGACAUAUCAUUCCGGAAUAUUUAUCGAAAGGAAGCCUCCGUGCAAAGUGGGUGUUGUGGAACUGUCAAGCUUGGAAAAUAUGACGUCUAAAUUUUAAGAUGUGCAAGGAACAAUUUUAAUCGACUAUCUUGGAAAGAAGAAAAUGCAACUGUCUCUUUGAAAGAAGGAGAAAUUGAUAUAUUAUCAAAGCACUGAACUUCGGCAGAAAAUAUGUUUUUCUACAAAUUUUUCAGCCGGCCUAGAUAAUGAGAGAACUUACUUAUACUUACUGUACUUACAUAGUAUAUUAUAGAUUUGGAGGUAACUUCACUUUGGAAUUUAUUUUUAAAGUUAAUCCUGGUUCCAAGAUAAGCAAAAUUGUCUAUAAUCAAAAAAAUUUACAUAUUUUCCCCGAGUAUUAAAUAAAACUGAACUAACAGCUCAAAAUUUCGUCAUCUUAAAUCAAAGUGUCCCUACUACUAACCAGCUGUGAUUGUAAACCAUACGUACCAGUGUGUUUAUGCGUAUUCAAUUAAUAUUCAAUCAAAGUGACCAGAACUUGCCAACGCUCAAGCUCCUCAGGGAGUGCAUGCAAUAAUUAGAAACUAAUACCAAGCAAUUAUUAACUGCUAAGACUAUGAAAAUAUGUUUCUCGUGUAAGAAGAAAGAAUCCUAGUUAUCCUGGUUUCCCACUAAAUCGUAUAAAAGCGUCAACUUUCCAAGCAAACGACAUCAGUUGCAUUCGAGCAUCACAGCAAGUAAGCUAAAAGCAAACGCAUCACUGCCAAAAGCACAAAAAGCUCCUCAGCAAACCACCACUACAACUACUCUUACAAAAAAAAAUGCGUUCAUUCAGCACUGUCUGCUUCGUAGUCGUCAUCUUGGCCGUCGUCUGCAUGUGCAGCUUUGGCGAGGCAGCCUACAGGAAGCCACCAUUCAACGGCAGCAUCUUUGGCAAACGCAACUCGUUGGAAUAUGACAAUGCUAAAGCUGUCACUGCCAUGUGCGAAAUUGCAUUGGAGGCGUGCCAGUCGUGGUUUCCACAAGGCGAAAGCAAGUAAGCGGACUACGGUUGGAAGAACCGAUACCUAGAAACAAAGCGACGGCAAAACUAGCGAUACUCUCUAUUAAUCUCUCUAUAAUUAAGUAAAAUAUUGUAAACGCGGCUUUAAUAUAUAAAUAUGCAUAUGUGUACAUAAAUAUUAAAUAAUAUACAUAUAUAUCAACGAUAAUGUUAUAAAAAGUAUUUAUUCAAUAAAGCAAAUGCUCAGUAAA